AUGCAGACACAGAGCAAUCAAGUAUAUGCACGCAUUCGGCCCUUGAGAGAGCACCAUGGUGAAGGUGCUUUGAGAGUGCCGAGGAGGGAUGCGCUCUUGGGCCUCGUCCCAGCAACCCUCUGGUUCUUGUCUUCCUUUGCCUUUUCCAAGGCUGCGAUUGCCAGGGAAGGGUUGGGAGAUGACGAGUUUUCUAUCGACUUCGGUCAGGGCCCUCUGGGUAUGGACUUGAUAGAAGUCCGAUUCCCGCAGGGAGUCCCGCGCGAGAAGCAAUCAUCUCGUAUCAUCGUCGAUGCUGUCAAGGCCGGAGGUCAGGCGGAGACGCUGGGGAAAGCGAAGAGACUUCGACCUCAGGUGUUGGUUGUGAGCAUCAACGGCAAGAACAUCGAAGGCAUGAGGGCCAGUGAUGCGCUGAAACUGCUGAGAGAGGAGAAGAAGAAGUCCGACGAGAACAACCAGGCGCUUCAGAUCGUGUUUCGAGAUCCCCUCAUCUUCAAGGAGAAGCUCUUGAACAUCAAGGAAGGAGGCGCCGUCUCUACACAGGUUGGAGUCCAGAGCUCAGAAGAGUUGGUGGUGAAAACGCUCAAGAUGCCUGAAGACUGUGGGGCUGUAAGAGCGCAGCAAGGAGACGUCUUGGAAGUGAAAUACACGGGCUAUCUUGCGGACACGAUGGAGGUCUUUGAUGGAAGUAGCAUCAACCAGAACGGAAAUUUCUUCGGUGACCAGUCACUGUACUUCGUUCUGAACCAAGGUCAGCGUCAAGCUCCUCGAGCAUGGGAAGUGGGUCUGCUGGGCAUGUGUAUCGGCGAGGAGAGGCGACUAGUCGUCCCUCCGUCCCUGGGGUAUGGCAGGGAAGGAGUUCCUAAGGGGAAGAUCGUACCGAAGCUUCCUGUCCCUCCCAAUGCCAAACUGAUCUACGAUGUGAAGCUGGUGGGUAUAAACGGGAUCAAUGUGAGAACAGACGACCCAACGUCUUUGGGCACGAGAGUUCCCUACGACUACAGGGACUGCAGGACCGUCAAUGGCGUCUCGACCUGCGGGCCGGACGUUGAGGGGAGGAGGUUGUAA